CUUUGCAGAAACAUGAGGGUCCCUGUGUCGCUGCUGCUGCUGCUGCUCCUGUGGGAGGCCCACAGCUAUGCGGCCUCGAGGCCCAACUUCGUCCUGCUGAUGGCCGACGACCUUGGCAUCGGAGAUCCCAGUUGCUAUGGCAACAAGACGCUCAGGACGCCCAAUAUCGAUCGGUUGGCUGAAGGAGGGGUGAAGCUCACCCACCACCUGGCAGCUUCACCCCUGUGCACACCAAGCAGGGCAGCCUUCAUGACAGGCCGGUACCCCAUCCGAUCAGGAAUGGCGUCUGAGUCCCUCAUGGGGGUGUUUAUCUUCUCUGCCUCUUCUGGAGGACUUCCCACCAGUGAGAUUACCUUUGCCAAGCUUCUCAAGAAUCAAGGCUAUUCAACAGCUCUGAUAGGCAAGUGGCACCUUGGGACAAACUGUCACAACAAGACAGAUUUCUGUCACCAUCCCUGGAGCCAUGGCUUUGACUAUUUCCACGGGAUCCCCGUGACCAACCUGCGAGACUGCAAGCCGGGCGAAGGCAGCGUCUUCACCGGGGGCAUCCGGGUGGUGGUGUUCAUCCCCCUGCAGAUGAUCGCCGUCACUCUCCUCACCCUGGCGGUGCUCAGGUUCCUGGGGCUGGUGCACGUGCCCGUUGGGGUCUUUGUCUUCCUCCUCUGCCUCGCCGCCCUGAUCCUCGGCCUUCUGGUGUGCUUCCUGCAUUACUUCCGGCCCCUGAACUGCUUCCUGAUGAGGAACCGCGAGAUCACCCAGCAGCCCUUGUCCUACGACAACCUCACGCAGAGGCUGACGGCCGACGCGGCCCAGUUCAUGCGACGGAACGCCGGGACGCCGUUCCUCCUGGUCUUGUCGUACCUGCACGUGCACACGGCCCUCUUCUCCUCCAAGGACUUCGCCGGCAAAAGCCAACACGGCGCUUACGGCGACGCUGUGGAGGAAAUGGACUGGAGCGUAGGGCAGAUCUUGAAUGUCCUGGAGGAGUUGAAACUGGCUAAUAACACCCUUGUCUACUUCACGUCGGACCAAGGAGCCCACGUGGAGGAGGUGAGCACCAAGGGAGAAGUCCACGGAGGCAGUAACGGCAUCUAUAAAGGGGGAAAAGCCAACAACUGGGAAGGCGGUAUCCGCGUCCCCGGCAUUCUGCGCUGGCCGGGGGUGAUCCAGGCUGGGCUGGAGAUCGACGAGCCGACGAGCAACAUGGACGUGUUUCCUACGGUGGUCAAGCUCGCCGGGUCGCCGCUGCCCGAGGACAGGAUCAUCGACGGACGGAACCUGAUGCCGCUGCUUCAGGGGAAGACCCAGCACUCGGAUCACGAGUUUCUCUUCCACUACUGCAACUUCUACUUGAACGCCGUGCGCUGGCGCCCUCGGAACAGCACGUCCGUCUGGAAGGCCUUCUUCUUCACGCCCAAGUUCAGCCCCGAGGGCGCCAACGGCUGCUUCUCCACGCACGUGUGUUUCUGCCACGGCCACUUUGUGACCCCGCACCACCCGCCGCUGCUCUUCGACCUGUCCAGGGACCCCCAGGAGAGAAACCCGCUGUCGCCGGCCACGGAGCCCCGCUUCCAGGAGAUCGUGGAUGCCAUGCAGCGGGCCGCCGCACGCCACGCCGAGACCCUGCAGGAGGUCCCCAACCAGCUGUCCCUGGGCAACGUCAUGUGGAAGCCGUGGCUGCAGAUGUGCUGCUCGGCCUCCGGGCUGUCCUGCCAGUGUGACCGGGAGACGGCGGCCCGGAGGGCGAGCCACUAGGUGCCCGUCAAGGGGACGCAGCAGUGGCCCGGCGCCCGCCCCGCCUCCUGCCUUGUGCACGCACACGGGGGUGGCCCAGCGGAGAGCCGGCCCUGUCGGCCUCACACCGGGAACCUCUCUCCAUCUCAUCACCCCACGGCUCUGUCGAGAGCCCCCUCGAGACCCCGGGGGGGGGCAUCAAAGUCUACGGUACCUGCAGGGAAACAUGCCAGAGCUGGGGCUUCGUGGCCAAAAUUCUGAGUCCUGUAAGCGUGGGAAGGUUAGGCAUGUAGGAAGGAGCAGAGGGAAUCACAUCGAUGCCUCUGCAAAUGCAGGACCCUUGCAUCAGGGGCCGUGAUCCCUCGACGCUGUUAGGGGCUUGCUUCCCUUGGCCCGCUGCUCUAAAGGGGCAUCGCAUUGAAAAAGCCGCUACAAAAUCUUAACACAUGGAACUUAGAAUGACUAAGGGGCCUUCUUCUUCACCAGUAAGAGAUGCCGUGCAUGGCAGAUUGGUUUGGAAGGCCGUGGCCAUCCGUGUUACGUAGAGCACAUAGUAGAAACUAUCUGUGAUCGAUGUACCUACAGACACAUAGUUUAUGUCUUUCUUCCAGAAGUCAGAGAUACUUAAACCAUAAAACUAGACGCUUCACGCUAUGUAGGAAAAAGGGAGAGAGGCUCACAGAUGCACUUUCUUCACGCAGCACACUUUUUUUUGCUGAAAUCCUUCAGGAACCAGAAUCUCCAAACAGUCUGUCCUGAGCGGAUGUCCGUGGCGUCCCUUAUCGUGUUAAAGCUGGGUUUUACUGUUUCUUUGGCGAAUGGACUGUGUCGGAGAAAGGCUACCUCGGGGACACGGUCGCACGAGGAACUGCUCCCGGUGCGGUGUGGAAUUACUGGCCUGGGAAGUGGACUGUUGGACGGGGCAGACUCGUAAGCACUUCGUGACCCACGCACAAUAUCGGGAUAGCGUUAGCUCCUGCAGAAUGUGCUAAGACCGCAGGAGCUCGUUUCAGAUCCUUUGUUUGACGCUGGUGUGAUGUAAGAAACACCCGUGCCUUCUGUCUUCA